AUGGCUCCCCAACCUGGCUCUCAGUAUCCCCUUUAUAACACUACCUUUACAUUACAUCGUGCCUCUCCACUAUACAUAGGAAACAAAGCUCUUAACAAUGCGAAUCUGCAAAUACAUGCGCGCCGAUUUCGAGAUACAUUGGCAGGCGACGUUUUACGGGGUGUUCGAGUUGGAUUGGGAUCUGAAGAUGAUAAUUUGGCUCGUGUAGGAGCUUUACAAACGGUGGUAUGGAAGGUUUUCAAAGUAGAAUCGGAUUGGGCAGCCGAGGAUAUAGCAGGAGGGGCUCUUGAUGAAUCUCUAUCGGAGACCACGCAUAAUCGCGGAAUACUGGUAAAAGUCAAUUACGAGAAAGCGAGUUACACUGCAAUUCUAUUACGCGCUACUUCCGAAGGAAACAUCGACGACUUGAAUGUGCAGCCUUCUCACGAUGGAGCUCAAUUUUUGCGCCUACCUUUACUUUUAACACGGAUGCCAUUGUCAUUGAGAGAAACAUUCAUACAGUACAUCUGUCAAACGUUCGAUGCAAGGGUGUCAACCCUGAAAUUGGAAGGCAACGACUUGACGGGAGCAUUCGAGCAAUAUACAUCAAACUCGAUCAACGAACACACAGCAGCCGAAGAGCGCCAAGUCGGUAUCCAAAAGAUUAUCAAAGAGAUCCAAAUAUCGGUUGGCUUCGAUAUACCUGGUGGAUCAGCUACACUCAAGACUAUUGAUAUACAUAUUGCCAGGGAGGAUCUUCCCCGUAUGCUCGCUCGAGGAAACAAAGUCACCAAAGAUGGAUCUCCCUUUAUGGCUGCAUUAGAAAGUUAUAUCAAGGCGCACCUGGCACUGGACCUAGGCCAUGAGAGGGUUAGGAUUGUUAAGGUUGCAUGUGGCGCAUUCGUGCUCGGUGAAGGGCGUUUAAAGUUGACGCAGCCAUCGAGUGGUGAGCACGAAGAGGGUGGACAAUAUCGGGCGACAAGACAAUUUCUUAACGGUCUUGUCAAAAUUGCAUCGGGACGAGGGGUUUUAGAGGAAAAGCGAAAGCCAUGA